AUGGAGGCGGCGUGCAGACGGUUGUGCCAAGGCGACACUUCCAGUCUGCCGGAUAUAGUGGACUGCAUCGAGGCAGGGCAGCAGGCACCAACGGGUAAGCUAGGCGCCAGGGCCUACACUGCACUUGCAACACUCAUGCUUCGUGAAGGCGUUGCGCUUCGCGAGUCACAAGCGCCGAGCUCGGCGCUCCCUAGCAGGGAGGCCUUCUACGCACUGCGCAUUCUCGCAGUUCUAGGCGCGCGGCAUGCACAGGAAGGACACGAUGUAAAGAGCGUUCUCCUUUCACUCGGCUUGCAGCAGUGCCGUGAUAUGAUACUUGACGCUUACUUUGCUCUCAGGCGCUGGCAGCAGUAUUAUGUGGUCAUGUUUGUGACGCUGCUCAUCGGUGUGUAUGGGUGUCGCCCACAGGAUUUGCUCCAAAGCGCGACAUCGCUGAACGUUAUGACCGGAUCGACUGAUUUUAGACGGCUGUCGCCACGCUUUGAAGGUCGAAUUGAAUUUGCCGAGUUCACCUCAGCGCUGCCACACCAUACUGCCAGAGUGGCUGCUGCAGCGGCAGGGUGUAGUGGCGGCCUCACUUCUCUAACUGCUCCGACAAAUCAUCAGCCGCAUGCUGCGACGAGCGGCUCGGGAAGUCCACCGCGCUGUGCGGGCAUUCAGAAUCGAAGCUCGCUGCUGGUCUCUAUCCCCGGUACGUCGACGGACUUACCGCUGCAACCAACACGGUGGUAUCGUGAGCUCCCCCGUAAGUCUAUCAAUGCUCCCUACCCUGUCAACCCGCUCUACGUAAGUGUGGCGUUGCGUGAGAGCAGCAGCGGUGCAAGGGCUGCGGGAGGGAUGACUUGCGACGACGGUGAUGGGGAUCGAGUCUCCCCGGCUUUUCAGUCACUUGUGGCGGAGAUACCGAUGACGGCUCACUUUCCGACCCCUGUAGUGCUUUUUUCUGUGUAUCACGGCGUUGGCUGUGCGCCGCGCUUGCCCACACUCGACGACCUGACUCGCCUUCACGUGUGGCGCGAGCGCAAGCAGCAGGAGCAGACGUCGAAGCCACCUGCCACCGACUCAUCACGGACGCUUCUUGCGGAGCCUCGGCGCGGAUGGGGGUCCAUCCUGGAAGCGGCAGUGCAGAUACGUGAACCCGACGUCGCAGCAGAAGGCGAUGACCCGCACCCGUUUGCUGUGCGCAAUGAGAUGACGUUCUUGUCGCCCAACCCUAGCGCCGUCGCGUAUCACCGUCAGUGCGUGGGCAGUUCUCUGCUGCGAUAUUACCUGGAGGAAGGCAAGCUGCUGAGCUGGGGCUCGUUGGCAAAAGGCGCCCUCGGUCAGCAUCGCCAGCGAUGCAGACGAUCCACGCAUGGGCUACCAAAAAAUGUCACCGCGAGCAGCGACCCCGCUGGUUCGAAUGCCAAAGUCGGCGGCGCCGCUCCGGUUUCUGUGAACGCCAAGCAGCAGUGCUCGAGCUCGCCCGACGCCUCGGCCCUGGAGAGCAACGAGGGCCAGGGGAGUCUGGUUGGGGAGGGUUCCCCUACAGCACGCCCGCACGUGACCGUAUCCAAGGUGUCGCUUGGGCGCGGACUAUCCACGAUGGAUACUCUGUCUGAGAAGCGAUCCGGGGGACGGAGUGUGGCAGAUCAGUUCCAAGCCUCGCCUUCCGCCAGAUUGCCGAAGGCCACAUCGACAGCUUCUGCUGGAGAUUUUGCGGUCCGCGCCACCUCUCCCGAUGCCACCAGCGCGGCAGGCUAUGUUUACCUUCCCUCACAUGUUCACACGGCCGCACGUGCGGCACAGGUUGCCUGCGGGCUCGCCGUCACGUAUGUGUUGACCGUUAAUGGUGCGCUGUACAGCUGCGGCCGCGCCGACAACGGUCAGCUCGGCAUUGGCGAGUGCAGCGCGCGCUACUCCGACGCUGGAGUGAGCAAGCUUCAGCGGGUUCUUCUCAAGGACAACGAACGCGUCACCCGCAUUGCCGCUGGCACCGCGUGCGCCAUGGCGCUCGCUGGAGACAGCGCGCUGUACUGCUGGGGCCACAACGUUUACGGACAGUGUCUGACGAUGCCGGAGGCGAGCCAUGUGUUGACGCCGGUGCGGCUGAGGGCCGGGGUCUACAAGAUACUUGACGUCUGCUUUGGCCAGUUCUUCGGCGUACUACUGUUCGACGACGGCGUUAUGGGCACCUGGGGCGUUGCAUCGAUGCUGGGGUGCAACAUGAGCAGCAAGGGGCUAGAGCAGAGUCUGACACCCGAUCGGUGCAAGUGUUCCAGGCAGAUAGUGCACUUGCAGCUUGCCACACCAACCCCCAUGGCGGCAGUGCGCGCUGGACCGUGGCACGCACUCGCCAUCUCGCAGAAAGGCGAGGUAUACACAUGGGGUGUUGGCCGAAACGGGCGACUUGGGCACGGCACCGACUACUCAGAAGUGAAGCCACGACUUGUCGAGGGGCUACGGUCGUCUUUUGUGGUUGAUGCAAGCUGCUCCAACGCCCACAGCGCCGUCCUCACGAGUACCGGGGCCGUCUACGUUUUCGGCGAGAACACCGAGGGGCAGCUCGGGCUGCGCGGGCGUGCGCCGCGGCGCUUGCCAACGAUGGUGCCGCUUCCGAUGAAGGCGGUGGCGGUGAUAUGUGCGCGAGAGCACACGUGCAUCUUGCUGGCGGACGGUGACGUUGUCGCAUGCGGAUCGUACAGGACGUGCGGCAUCGGCCUCGGCUACGGACGCCAGCUUUUCGCCCCGUCGCGCAUCCUCACCAACUAUGUGACUCUGACGCUGCACUGCGGCCAUCUGCAAAGCAUGGCAGGUGUCGUGCACCGUCGAACUUCCGUGAUGGUGGUGGGCCACUCCACCAUCGAGGAGGUGUCUCGGGUGUCGAGCCUGAUCGUGCGCAGCGGUGUUCGGUGCGCCGGCUCCGGCGCAGGCUUCCUCGUGGUGCUGUCAGAGAACAACUCCCUCGUUGCCAUUGGACGUGGCGAGCGUGGCCAGCUCGGCAUUGGAGACUGCAUGAAGCCGAAUCAUCGCGAUGACGUCACUGUCGCUGCGGCGUUCCGCGAGGUGCAAAUCCCGUCGGACGUCGUCAUACAGCAUGUGCGUUGCGGCCCCGACUUCGUCCUCGCCCUGGACAGGAGCGGGGUCGUGUACGGUUGGGGCAGCAAUGACCAUCGAAAGUUGUGCCAGCCGGCAGAUGUCACGCAAGUCUUUUCGCCAGUGCGCAUCGCCGCCUACGCAAGUGAGCGGAUUGUGCAGAUUGUGUGCGGGGGUACCUUUGUCGUUGCCCUCACUGCCGAUGGAGAGGUGCUCACCCACGGCGAGGCCAUAUACUGCGGCUUGGGCGCGCCGACAUCGCCGACAAAGGCUAAGGGUAGCGAUGUGUCAGUGCCCAUGCGCGUCGCCGGCCUGAGCGACAUUGUAGCGGUGGCAGCAGGGCUCCACCACGCUGUGGCGAUGACGGCGUCGUGCAGCGUCUUCGCCUGGGGCGUCGGCGUUCUCGGCACGGGCAGCACCGCCGGUGUCUCCGAUUCAACCCUCCUCACCUCGAUCACCCCGGCGCCAGUGCAGGUGGCGCUCUCACAGACUAUCCGCAGCAUUGGCUGCGGGCCCAACAACUCCUUUGCGAUCAGUGAUGAGGGGGAGCUGUGGGUGUGGGGCGUGAACAGGUUCGGCGAGUGUGGCAUGCCGACCAGUGGCAAAGGCACGAGCAUCAGCACCGGCGGCAGCACUCUUCAACGCUCGGCGACUGAACAGAAGCAGGGCAGCGAUGCGGCGCCUGAACACGCCAGCGUCAUCGCUACCCCAACCGCAGUUGCGCGACAGGUGCGAGACGCCGCCUUCACAGGUGAGUUCGGCGUGGUGGUGUUCGAAGACGGUCAGGUAAGCGUCUCGGGUCGGAUCCGGUAUGGUGGCCAGAGGUAUCUUCUGUCCAGCUUCCACAGCACCCCUCAGCCACCCUUCUCCAUCGACGUCAACGAGCCGGUAUGGCGCUCUCCUACAGAACCGCACUCCAGCUUCAGUGCAUCCUUGCUCGGAAGCGGCAGUGGUGGCGCAUCUGCUGCUGUGGCGACUGCACCGCGCCAGCAAAGGCAUCAUGGGAAAGCUGACGCGGAGGGCGCGUCCAAAAAUGACAGGGAACCGCCACCAUCUUUCUCUGUUGGCCUCCCGGCUGCCGGCAAGUCUGCGAUGCUGCCUACAGACGGCCAGCAUCAACACCGUCCCCAGCCUCUGUCGCCGCCGCGGUCAUGUGUUGCGGGGAUGGGCACGGCCACUGCAUUAUCCACUUCUGCGCGCACCUGCAAGUCACCGCUGCAGCGCGCAAGCCCUUCUCUUCCCCUAAUGGUCAUGGGUCGCGGUAGUCCAACGACCCCGCCCUCGCGCGCCACGACGAUGGUCGGCGAACUGGCGCCCUUCACCUCACCGCGGCUGGGCGCGCGUGAUGCGACGCCGCUAGAUCAUGGACACGACAUGACGUCCGCGUACUCCCUCCCGAGCAUCUCGGGACUGAUUCCAAGCGUGCAAGGGAGCAUGCCCCAGGCCGCGACAGCCGUCACACUCGGUACGAUGGACGCAGGGGAUGCCCGCAGCGGUACCGGCUGGGGCGUCUAUACCGUUGACGAGGAGGCGCAGACAAACUUAGCCUCCUCGGGAGCGUACCUCAACAGCGCCGAGUACUCAGCACCAGACGCCGGGGCGCCUCUCUCCCAUGCAGAGGUUCCCAGCGAGGCGGACGCGUGCAUCCCAAUGCCGCUGCACCGGGUCACCGGUGGCGCCACACCGCCACCUGUGCGGGCGAGGACGUCGACAGUGACGCAGGCUCGCAAGCCGUUGUCUGCAACGUGGGACACCCUGGACGCUCGGGCACCGCCCCUGCUGCCGUUUCCACCGGAUCACUCCGCCGCCCAAGAAGUCGACGCAGGAAUGACCGCUGCCUCGUCUACGGUGACGACCACGAGAGCCACUUUCAUGGUGCGAGUGCAUGCGCAGACGCCGCCGCGGAUCCAUCCGGCUCAGCGUAGGCCAAAAGUGCGGGCCGCCGCGACCUCCAAACUCCCGAAGCCAUUGUUGUCUUCGCCACCGCCGCCCUCGGCUGCUGAUGAGCGCAUCUUGGGCAUCCGCUGCUUCGCUGGCUGGGAGCAAAUCUUCGUUGUCAUGGAGAAAUAUCGGCCCUCAACGGCUGAGGUGGGUAUGGCACAGACGGGCCUUCAAGUGCUCCUGCGCCAGACUGAAAAUGCCGUGCGGGAGGCGUGA